AUGAGGAAUCACACGCAAGUGAAUGAGUUCAUCCUCCUGGGGCUCACGGAUGAUCCAGACUUGCAGACGGUGAUUCUUUUCUGCAUGUCUGUCACCUACAUACUGAACAUCAUCGGCAACCUGAGCAUCGUCACCCUCACCUUGCUGGACUCCCACCUCCACACCCCCAUGUAUUUCUUCCUGCGCUGCUUCUUCCUAUUCCUGCCCACCAUCAGCACGGGGGACAGGACCAUUUCCUGCAACUGUUGUCCGCUGCACUACACGACAGUCAUGAGUCAGAAUGUCUGCACCCUACCGGUCCUCUGCUCUUGGCUAACCGGGUUCCUGGUCAUAUUUCCUCUUAUUAUCCUUGGCCUACAACUGGACUUCUGUGAAUUCAUAGACAUUGACCACUUCUUCUAUGACGUCUCCCCUAUGCUCCUGUUUUCCUGCUCGGACACCUGGUUCCUGGAGCUGAUGGCUUUCAUCUUGGCCUUGAGGACACAACUGGUCACCUUGGUGUUAGUGGCCGUGUCCUACACAGCCAUUGCCCGCACCAUCCUGAGACUGCCCUCUGCUCACUGCAUCUUAAUGCACAUCAAACCGUCCGCCAAUGACAUGGUGGACCUGACCAAGGGGGUGACCGUGCUGAACACCUCUGUGGCCCUCAUGUUGAACCUUUUCAUCUACAACCUGGGGAACUAG